AUGGGUGAUGGGAAAGGUGAUGGGGAUGAAGAAGAAAAUGAUGUGGAGGAUGCCUCGGGUAAAGAUAAUGAAAUUGGUGAAGAAGAGAUCGGGAACGAUGGGGAGAAUGGGGAGAAUGACGAGGAGGCCAUCGAGCCAAUCAAACCAAGCAGGAUGUUCUUAUAUAUUUCGGAGUACAAGAAACAAAUAAAGCUAGGGACAAGAUGCCUGCUAGUAGACGUUUAA